GUUUAGUCCCUUGCGAUGGGUAGACAGACAGAGAGAGAGAAAACUUCAUUCAACACUGUUCCUGCAGCGCCCGGCAAAGGCUAAUUGUGUAACGACCUUUUCAGUCAGUCUGAAGCUGUUCCGGUGGUAUAUCACAGUUGGAUCUCCUGACUUACUGGAGGUCAACAGCUUUUGAGAUACAGAUUCCAGUGCUCUCAGAAAUAUCUCCCACCAUUGAAAGCUUCCUCCGUCUCUCUCUCUGACUGUCGCUCACUUACUGAGUCUCUGGUAACUCAAGGGAUGACCAUCACCUACACAGCGCGAGUGGCUAAUGUCCGCUUUUGCAGUUUUUCCAAACUGCUGGUUCUCUGGAAGGGAAGCAUCUAUAAACUCCUCUACAAAGAGUUCCUCGUCUUUUCCUUCAUGUAUGCAGUCCUGAGUGUUGCCUACAGGUUUGUGCUGAUGGAAGAGCAGAAGAGAUACUUUGAGAAACUGGCACUGUACUGCAAUCACUAUGCUAACCUAAUCCCUAUGGCUUUUGUACUUGGUUUUUAUGUCACCCUUGUUGUAAACCGCUGGUGGAACCAAUACACCAGUAUCCCGCUCCCCGACCGGCUCAUGUGUGUCAUCUCGGGGAACGUGCAUGGGGCGGAUGAGCGAGGCCGCAUGCUGCGCCGGACAAUGAUGAGAUACGCCAGCCUCUCUGCUCUCCUCAUCCUCCGCUCAGUCAGCACUGCCGUCAUCAAACGCUUCCCCACCAUGGACCACGUCGUCGAGGCAGGGUUUAUGACCAGAGAUGAGCGAAAGAAAUAUGAAAGUCUUCACUCUCCGUAUAACAAGUACUGGAUUCCGUGUGUCUGGUUUACAAACCUGGCAGCGAAGGGACGUAAGGAGGGGCGGAUUAGAGAUGACAAUGCCCUCAAGCUGUUAAUGGAGGAACUGAAUACCUUUAGAGCCAAGUGCAGUCUUCUGUUUCACUAUGACUGGAUCAGUAUCCCACUGGUGUACACACAGGUUGUUACAAUCGCAGUGUACAGUUUCUUCAUGACCUGCCUGAUUGGACGGCAGUUUCUUGACCCUGCCCAAGGCUACGCAGGUCAUGACAUUGACUUGUACGUCCCUGUAUUCACCCUGCUUCAGUUUUUCUUCUACGCUGGUUGGCUGAAGGUAGCAGAACAACUAAUAAACCCCUUUGGAGAAGAUGACGAUGACUUUGAAACAAAUCGUUUGAUUGAUCGGAACUUUCAGGGUUGCAUUGACUGUAGUUGUGACUGUUGCAUUCAGGUGUCAAUGAUGGCGGUCGAUGACAUGUAUCAGGAUUUGCCCUUAAUGGAAAAGGAUCGGUAUUGGAACGAAUCCAACCCUCGCCCCCCGUACACUGCUGCCACCGUGUUUGUGCUGCAGAAACCGUCCUUCCAGGGCUCCACCUUCGACAUGACGAUUUCCAAAGACGACAUGCACUUUCAGCCGAUGGAGGAGAUCGAGGAGAACUUGGAGCAGGGGGGCGCCCGGCAGCCGCAUGUGCCGCUGUUCAGCCGCCUCCUGCCCAGCGGCCCGUCGUCGCCCGGCUUCCGCGGCAACAUCGCACGCCACGGCCGGCCCUUCCAGCUGCUCAAGCGGGGCAACAGCGUCUCCUCGGACGCCUCGAUGUACAGCUGCCUGUGCCAGGACACCCAGACCACCGCCUGCUCCUGCGGCACCUACGGCGAACACAAGGCGCUGGCCAAGAUCCAGUUCCUCUCCGAGGGCGGGGAGGGGGCCGUGGGCGAGACCGAGACCGAGAGCAGCAGCUUGGGGGCGGCGGGCGAGAAGGCGCUGCCUCCCCCGGGCGCCCAGGACCAGGGCAGUGAUGGUCUCCUGGAUGCACCGCCCAGAGCUGGUGACUCUCCCCUGCAGGAAGACGGUGCACCCCCCACCAACUCCAGAGAGACACCCCCACCCCCAGGGGAUUUGCUGUUUCCCUACGAUUCUUACCGGGAGUGCAGAAUCCAGGUGACCCAGAGAAACCCGGAGAUGCUGCCGCUCCCGGACACAGGCAGCAGCAGCAGCAACAACAACAACACGCCACCUUUAGUGGCGCCCAGCUCGGCGGAGCACCGGGGAACGCAGGCUCUGCAGCACCCAGGGGUCGGGCUGAAGGGCAAGCCCCCUUUACUCCCCCUGUCUCCCGCCGAGGAGGAACCGGGGGAGAAAUCCCACUGGCCCGGGACGGCCAAACGGUCUCUGCUAGCGGAGGAGGGCGGCGUGUUCCUGCACAUCUCCGAGCCGCCGUGCCUUAACGGCAGGGAGUCCUUCCUCUUAGACACCACCUCCCAGCUGUGAGGUGGAGAGAGGGCUGGGCUGGUUUUAAGACUGAACUUUUUUGGGGGGGGAAGAAGAAGAUAAUAAAAACGAACUGUGAAGACCAACCUACUUUUUAUUUAGCUUCCUGUAUCCUCCUGUCAAAUUCCAUCACCUUUCAAGAGCAGACUCCCUCUACCUUGGACAUCACUGAUUCUGUGAAGAUUAAAAGUCAGAAUUCUUGUGGCUUGAAUGAAGGAUUUUUGCAAAGUCCACUGUUUCUGGAGAAAAGCCGUUUGCUUCUUCAUAUCAAACUCUUUACCCAACCGCCAGAACCUAAUGAAGAGCAGAAAGGAAUUAAUUUCACAAUUGCUGCCCAUCGUUUGUUUAUGCUGAACAUUCCCACCUGCGAUUUCCCCCUCCCAUUCCCAUUCUUCCCACCCCCAAUCCCAUUCCUCCCCCCAUUCCCAUUCUUUCCCCCAUUCCCAUUCCCCCCACAUUCCCAUUCUUCCCCCCCAUUCCCAUUAAAUUACUUCCUGAUGACCCGUCUCCUCAGUGUCAAAGCCCACACUUGUGAGUCUGCCAAUAUUUCCCAUUUUCACCUUGGAUUGCACUUUGAGCGUUAAGGUGCACUGCUUCAUUAACAGAUUUGAGCACUUGCACUGACUGAUGAAUAAAGACACACCUGUCAGAUGAACAAGGAUGAGACAGAAAUGCAAAGUGAAAAGCAGCGACUCUGGGCUUGGCUUUUGAUUCAAAACCUUCACUGAUGACUCCUUCUGAUAUGACUGCCCGUCUGUGCACAGGAUUCUAUGCUUUGCUUCUUUCUUUGUUUAAUUGCCUGUUCACCUAUGUAACGCUGACAAAAGUCACUGAACCCUGGGAGCAUCGCCUCAUGAGCAAUGGGAAUUGACUGGAGAAGUUUAAUAACACCAACAUUGCAGAGAGAAAUGUCUAUUUGCAUAGAUUUUGGGAAAAGGUCCUGAUUGUUUGGGGGAAGGGAGAGUUGGAAUUGUGGGAGGACGUUGUGUCAGUUUAAGGAAAGGACAGACUUUGGAACAGCUUGCCCGGGGAGGGAGGAGAAUUUGACACACUCAUUGAGCUUCGUGGACUGUACACCAUGGAGUAACCCUUCGUCCACAUGGCCUGAUGCGUUACAUAUAGCAGAGCAUCACAUACAGCAAUCAGGCUCAAUGUGUUUAAGUGGAUUCUACAAUCAAUAACCACAAGCUGCAAAGAGACAGGUGACAACAAUAAGGUUACAUGAGGAUGAGUACAAGGACGCUCCUUAGGAACAUGAACCCGUUAAACACAAACUUCAAGAGCAGGAAGAGACCACUCAGUCCAUCAAGCCUGCUCAACCAUUCAACACCAUCAGUAAGAUUUAAUGCCUGCUUUCCAUAUCCCCUUGACUUCCCUAAGACCUCAAAACCUUGCAUUUCCCAGCCUUAACUAAAUGCUGGCAUGGAUAGUGACCGACGUCUUGGACAAUGAUCUAUGUACCUUUUUUUGGUGGCGGUGCAGGGAAGGUAUUAUCAAUGGAUUUUCUCUCCUGCUUUAAAACGUUAUGGCUGAAAGCAUUGUUACCAACAAUAUUUGUUACAAGAAAUGCUCGAAGGGCUGAAUGGCCUACUCCUGCACCUAUUGUCUACUGUCUAAACAACUAGCUGAUGAAUUUGGAAUUGUAGGUAUUUGUUAAAUUGCUCACUUGGAACAAUUUUAAUAGGCUUUCUGGAUAUUUCAAAGGCUCUGUUGGAACCCUUCCAGUGUCUGUUAUACAGAGACCACAAACUGAGUUAGGGAGAUGAAUUUUGUUUAUUAAAUUAAAGAAAAUCAGAGUCGUACAGCGCAGGUAUAGACCCUUCAGUCCAACCAGUCCAUAUCGAUCAUAAUCCCAAACUAAACCAGUCCCACCUGCCUGUGCUUGGCCCAUAUCCCCCCAAACAUUUCUUAUUCAGGUACAUUCAUCUAAAUGUCUUUUAAACCUUAUAAAUGUACCUGCAUCCUUCUGCUGGAAGUUCAUUCCACACACAAACUGCUUUGUGAAACAAAAAGGCCCUCGUGUCAUUUUGAAAUCUUUCUCCUCUCACCUUAAAAAAUGCCCUCGAGUCUCGAAAUCCCCCACCCUAGUGAAAACACCUUUCCUAUUCACCAUGUCUAUGUCCCUCAUGAUUUUAUAAACCCCUGUAAGGUCACCCCUCAACCUCCUACACGCCAGUGAAGAAAGUCUCAGCCUAUCCACCGUCUCUCCAUUAGUCAAACCCUCCGUUCCUGGCAACAUGCUGGUGAAUCUUUUCAGAAUCAUCUCCAGCUUAAGAAUAUCCUUCCUGUAACAGGGCGACCAAACUGGAUACAGUACUCCAGAACAGGCCUCACCAAUGACCUGUACAACCUCACCAUAAUAUCCUAUACUUGAAGGUCAGAGGGAAGAAGGCAAGAGUAUUUAUGCCUUCCUAAGCACCCUAUGUGAUGCAAACUUCAAAAGAAUUAUGCAUGCGAAUCCCUAGCUCUCUCUAUUCUCCAACUGGCCAAGCCCUUACUUUUAAUCAUAUAAGUGCCACCCUGGUUUGUUUUACCAAAAUGUAAUACCUUGCAUUUAUCCAAAUUAAACCCCAUCUACCACUCUUCACCCCACUGACCUAGUUCUCUUUGCAGUCUUAGAUAACCUACAUCACUGUUCACUAUUCCAAUCUUGGUGUCAUCUGCAAACUGACUAAGCAUGUCUGCUAUAGUCUCAUGCUGAAAAUGUGUUGCUGGAA